UGAAAAGCGGUGUACGAAAUUGACUAUUUAAUCAUGGCCGAACUACAGGAAUUCAACCAAGCCGCCGAGGAUGUAAAGAACUUGAGCAGCACACCAGCUGACAGCGAUUUACUCGAACUUUACGGUCUCUACAAACAGGCCAAUGUGGGCGAUUGCAAUACGGAUAAGCCCGGCUUUCUCGACUUCAAAGGCAAGUCCAAAUGGGAGGCCUGGAACAAGCUGAAGGGGAUGAGCAAUGGCGACGCCCAAACCGCUUAUAUAGCUAAAGUAAAAUCUCUGAUUGCCGCUGUGGGUCUAAAGUCCUAAAUUUUACAAAAUCAAAAUUUAAAUUAUUCAAAUGAGCAUUCGCAUUUUGUUCUAUACACGUCACAAUGCACAAAUUUCGUAAGCAAACAAAAAUACACGUCAAUCGAUAAACA